AUGGAAUGCUUUUGCUCAACACAUCAUAGCUAUUCUACACUAAUGUUUUUACUUAGUGCUUAUGAACUUUUUCGCUUAAUAACGAUUUGGACCGGCUUCAUCAAAUAUGAUUUAACUGGACCAAACUUUUGGAUAAAAAAAGUUGAAGUAUGCGAUAAAAUGGAUGGAUAUGCCCCUUUAUGCUAUAGAGGAACGCAACAAUCUGUUGAUCCAUGGGCUUUUAUAAGAGUAAAAGACGAGAUAAAUACAAUUGAGGCAUCCUUAAACUCGCUAAUACCGGCUUUAAAAAAAGGAGUUAUUGGAUAUGUCAAUUCAACAGAUGGUACAAAUAAAGUAAUUCUAAAUUUUUGCCGACAACAUCCAACAUUCAUUCCAAUUAAGUAUGAUUACGAUGUAAUACCUGCGAACGAUGAACUUUACUUUCAAAAGUAUGAUGCAAACCGUGCUCUUGAUUCAUAUUACAAUUAUGUAUAUAAGUUCAUUCCAGACAAUGAAUGGUUAAUUAGAAUUGACGCGGACCAAAUAUAUGAUACUGAAAAAUUAUAUAUGCUCACUUUUCUACCUGAUAAUGAUAUAGAAGCAAUUCCUAUUUUUAGAAUUAAUCUUCAUGUUGACGAUGGGAUUCUUAUGAUUCUUAAGAAUGGCUAUGGACCUUUUAGCUAUGUUAAUGACCAGUGGCUAUUGAAAAAGACAAACGGAUCUGGUUUUACAAUGCAUAUUGAUAAUAAUUCCAGAGAAGCAUGGGAAUUAUUAUAUCCUGCCCCACCAACAAAUACUCAAACAGAUAUUAUUGCAUGGCAUUUCCCUUUUCUUAAGCACUGGAGGAGACUGCAGGAUGAUUCCCAUCAUGAUUCAUUUGAUAAAGUAAAGCGAAUACCUUUUGGACAAAAUGCAAAAAUAUUAGCUCGCUUAUCUCAUCUUCAUAUGGAUGAAGAUAUGAUAGAUGAAAAUAGAGUGAAGGAAUUGUUAUUUAGAUAUCGAAAUGUUACCGAAAAUUAUUAA